UAAAAUUCCUCUCUUUCCUUCCAGACUUGCAAGAGAGAAGCUCCUCAGAUCUACUCCCUCUUUUAUAUAUACUUCCCUUCUUCAUCUUCCUUGCUUCUUUCCAUGCUACUGACUCUCUCUUUUACUGACUUCACCUCAAUGAGCACUUGUAUUUCUGUACUACCACUGUAUCUAUCUGUUUUUUGCGGUACAUUGUAAGUGAACUCAGUUCUCCAGCGAGUCUGGCCGAACCUCGGCUGAAAAGUAUUGUUUCCGUUGAGUGGCGCAGCGGCGAUGUUCAGGCCAGCACGAUGGAGGACGGAGAAGAACAAGAUCAAAGCUGUGUUCAAAUUGCAGUUUCAUGCAACUGAGAUCCCUCAAUUAAAUGUGGACGGGUUGAUGCUAUCUGUGGUUCCUGGGGAUGGUGGAAAGCCAACGGUACGAUUAGAGAAGGCUGUAAUUCAGGAUGGAUGCUGUCGGUGGGAAAAUCCAGUUCAUGAGACAGUAAGGUUCGUUCAGGACCCAAAAACAGGGAAGAUCGAUGGGAGAAUUUACCAUUUUAUUGUGUCAACUGGAUCAACAAAAUCCAGUUUUGUUGGGGAAGUUUCAUUUGAUUUUGCUGAUUAUGGAGAAGCGACUAAACCUUCCAAUAUUUCACUUCCCUUGAAGAAUUCAAACUCCAAAGCAAUUUUGCAUGUUUCCAUUCAAAAGGUCCAGGCAGAUUUUGAUCAGCAAAGGAAUGUGGGAGAACAUGAGAACACAGAUGUUAAAUCCCAGGAUUGCAGCUUGAAUGCUCAUUUAAGCAAUGAUUACACUGCCGAAAGCAUUAGAAACCACCUGGCUGAAGAUAGGCCAUUCAAUAAAGCUGCUCAAAAUGCUGAACUAAACCGUAGAGCAUCGAUAGCAUCUGACAUUACAAUGUCAAGUUCUGAUAGCAGCUCUGGACUUGAUACUCCCCGAGAGAGUGGCAUUAGAAACUAUAGCAUCCAUCAAGACCCUCCUAGCUUUUCAAAAUCUUUGGCCCACCCUUUGGUGCUGCAUAACCAAAAUGUCAGUGCCUCAAUGACAAUUUAUGAAGAGCCUCAGAGAUCGGAAUGGGAAUUGUCAGGAGGGUCUGAUCAUGGAGUGAGUACAGAUGACUCAACAAACAGUUCCCAGGACAUCCUUCCCAGAGAUAUUGAGAUUGAGAAGCUCAAAGCUCAGCUCAUAGCUUUGGCCAGGCAGGUGGAUGUUUCAGAGCUGGAAUUGCAAACUCUACGAAAGCAGAUUGUGAAAGAGAGUAAGAGAGGGCAGGAUCUUUCAAGAGAGGUUAUUAGCUUGAAGCAGGAGAGAGAUUCUUUCAAGGUAGAAUGUGAGAAACUAAAGGCCUUUAAAAAAUGCAUGGAUGAGGCCAAAGUUAAAAACAAGUUGCAGUAUGGAAGUGGAGACCCAUGGAUUCUUCUUGAAGAAAUCAAACAAGAACUAACUUACGAAAAGGACCUGAAUUCUAAUCUUCGGUUACAACUGCAGAAAACACAGGAAUCAAACUCUGAGUUGAUGCUCGCUGUGCAAGACCUAGAUGAGCUGUUGGAACAGAAGAACAAGGAGAUAGCCAACAUCUCCAGCAAAUCAGGAUUGUUGCACGAGCCUGAAGAGAUAAGGCUAACUACCCCUAGAAGUGAGACAGAUGAAGAUGAAGACCAGAAGGCACUGGAAGAGCUUGUUAAGGAGCACAAGGAUGUCAAAGAAACAUACCUGCUAGAGCAAAAGAUCAUGGACCUUUGUAGUGAGAGAGAGAUCUACAGGAGAGAGAUUAAUGAGCUAGAGAUGCAGAUGGAGCAGCUUGCACUUGACUAUGAGAUAAUGAAACAAGAAAAUCAUAACAUCUCAUAUAAGUUAGAGCAGAAUCAACUGCAAGAGCAGUUAAAGAUGCAAUAUGAAUGCUCAUCUUCUUUUGGCAACAUAAAUGAACUUGAAACUCACGUCGAGAGCUUGGAAAAUGAACUCAAGAAGCAGCAAAGAUUAUUCUGCUGCUUUAGCUUCCAUAAUAAACUUGAAACCAGUGAAGGGCCUGAGAGAGUUAGAGAGGCAGCA